AAACCCAUUUCUCCUUGGCCAGGAUCGAUGACAAUGAUGGGGAGUUUCUCUUGAUAGAAGCCGCUGAUUUUCUCCCAAAGUGGCUGAAUCCUGAGAAUAGCGACAACAGGGUGUUCUUUUACAAAGGAGAACUGCACAUCAUUCCACUGUCAGAGACUCAUGAGCAAGAGUGUGACUUAUCUGCUGCCAGUCCAACCAUCUCGCAGGCGUUAACACUGUUAUCCACCCGUUCAGAGGAGUUCCUGGCUGCAGAACCUAUUAGGACAGCAGUGUAUAAACGGAUCAGUGGGUACCCUGAGAAAAUUCAGGCCUCAUUUCACCGAGCCCACUGCUACCUUCCAGCAGGUAUUGUGGCAGUGCUGAGGCAGCGGCCUUCACUGGUGGCUGCAGCAGUCCAGGCCUUUUACCUGCGAGAUCCUGUAGAUUUACGAGCAUGUCGUUCUUUUCAAACUUUCCCUCCAGAGGAGCGUGUGAUGACUGUAGUUACUUUCACAAAGUGUUUAUAUGCACAACUGGUGCAACAGAAGUUUGUUCCAGAUAGACGCAGUGGAUACAUGCUGCCCCUCCCAUCUCACCCUCAAUACAAAUCCUAUGAACUGGGCAUGAAACUGGCUCAUGGCUUUGAAAUUUUGUGCUCCAAGUGCAGCAAAGUAUCUCCUGAUUCCAAGAGAAAUAUGUUAAGCGGUCCCCUGUGGGAGAGAUUCCUCAGCAGCCUGAAGGAAAAAAGUUAUUUCAAGGGAGAAUUGGAAGGAUCUGCUAAGUACUUGGAACUGUUGCAUAUGGCAGAAGAUUACUUCCAACAAUCUGUUACCCAGCCAGAAAGCUCUGUUGAAGUGAGCCCAGGUGAUGAAAUCUUGACAUUGCUACAGACGACAACCAUUGAUUUGAAGGAAUUUGAGAGAGAAGCAGCUUGUCUUCCUCCAGAGGAUGAUGACAGUUGGCUGGAAAUCACACCAGAUGAUCUAGAUCAGAUGCUGAAGGAGGCAAGGAAUGAGUCCCUUUCUUCCUCAAAUGAGGAAGAGCAGAAAUAUGACUUGGAAGCAGUUGCUGAAAGUAUGAAGGCUUUUGUGUCCAAAGUCUCAACUCAUGAAGGAGCAGAAAUGCCAUGGUCAUCUGUUGAAUCAAGUGUUACCUUUGAUGUAGAUUCUUUUACAGAAGCAUUAGACAGGAUUUUAGGGGCAGACUCAGAAGAGCUGGAUUCUGAUGAUCUGGAUGAAGAGGAGGAGUUUGAUUUCUCAGAUGAGGAUGAUGAAGACUUAGAUGCUGAAAAUGAAAGGCAAGACCAGAAGGUACCACCUAAUGAGCUUAUAAGCAGUCUCAAGUCAUAUAUGAAUGAGAUGGACCGUGAACUGGCACAUACCAGUGUUGGUAAAAGUUUCACCACCCAAAAGAAAGGGGCAAGUUCUGUUAAAGCAACAACGGCUCAAAGUGCUGGCCCUGAUUGUGGAGCUGAGGGUACUGAGUUGACACCGGUCGAUGUGGAUAUGAACCUAGUAGCUAACCUGCUUGAAUCCUAUAGUGCUCAGUCUGGACGGGCAGGACCCACCUCUAACAUUUUACAGAGCAUGGGAGUGUAUUUACCUGAAAAUGUAGAUCAUAUUUGCUCUAAUAAGGGAGCAACAGAAUAA